AUGUCAGGCCGAUACUUUGCUGGCCUCACCGCCGGCAUCAAGUCCAUCCAGCCCAACCUCCUCGACGCCCCGCAAUGCCUCGCGCAACCGCUUGCCCACCGCUACCCAAUCGCGGACGGCCUGAACAACCUGCUGUGCAGCCUGAACACGACGUUCUCGUCCGCGUGGGCCGCUCCUGCCGGAGGACCGUUCAUGCAAUACUUUGGCGGCCUCUUUGUUGCAGCUGUCCUCGUAACCGUCUACGAGGGCUUCCGGCCUAGCUCUCGGCGUAGCGCAAGCAAGGACGCGCACGGAAACGUCGAGGGCUUCGGUAUGCGCCUCGGCGUCGCGCAGCUCUCAACGAUUGCCCUCCUCGUCGGCCAGGUCAUCACGGCCGGCAUCGCGCUCCCGGCUUACUACGCGUGCGUCUCGUGGAGCACGCCCAAGCACUGGCGUAGGCACCACCACAAGGUCGACCUCGGCGAUGAGGUCUUCUUCCUCCCCGAGAGCGCCAGGCGCAAGGUCCGCGCAACAUUCAAGCACUCGGUGCAAUACAACGCCAACGUCCCGCGCUCGUCCUUCCUCUACACCACCGUGGUGUCAACAAUCGUCGGCUUCCUUAUCCCCAGCCUGUUGAUGGAGCUCGUCCCACUCUCGCAAACGUAUGACGCCCAGAGUCUCUGGCAGAUCUUCCCCCUCUACAUGCUCGCGAUCAACAUCAUUCUCCCGCCCCUUUUCCGCAAGGGUUUCACCGCGGUCCCGCCUCGCAUGGGCAUCUACCUCAUCGCCGCGCUCGGCAUUAUUCCUUCGCUCAAGGCGCAGCUCACGCUCUGGGCCCAGGUGCAGGAGGGUGUCAGCCUCGCUGACGUCUUCUCAUUCAGCCCGCAGCUGCCCACGCUCGCUGCCGCCUGCCACCGCCUCCUCGUUACCGACUUCUUCCUCACCACCCUCGCCGUCGGAAGCAAGGUGCUCCUCGCGCUUGCUCGUCGCCAGCGCGCUAGCACCGCCCGCAAGUGGCUGUACGGCGCCGUUCUCGUUGCCGGAGCUCUUGCUGUUGGCCCCGGCGCCUCCAUCAUGACUAUGUGGGCGUACAGCGAACUGACUGCGCUCCGCCACGCGCGCGAGUACGCCGAGGCCAAGGAGGCCAAGGCUGUCUCUUCGAAGGAGGCCGCCGCCGCUGCCAGGACCAAGUAG